CACUCUGCUACCAUAUAAUAAAAAGCUCAGUAUACUUUGAGUUACUCAGGUCGAUCGGAUAGAUUCUCUUGAAAUUUAAAGAGAACGAGAUAAAACAAACGCGAUAAAAAUGUGCAUAGAAUAUGUUAAUUACACGAUGAAAAAUCAAUCGAAUAGUUUGUUAAUUCGAUGAUCAUGGCAGCUCUCGUAAGACUUAAAAGGGGUAGCGUUCAACUGAGACAUGCAGCUCUCGAAAUGAAAGCUGCUGUUAGAGCACGACAUAUCGUAGCUGCAUUGGUUGCAGUAGGAUUUGCAUUGUGUGGUGCAGUCGAAGUAAGUUCGUCUGUUGCAUUGCUAGCUAAACAGGAAGACAACCAUGCCAUUAUCGACACUUCCUGGCACUGUGACAUGCUUGUCAAUAUCAGCAGUCGAAAUCGUACAGAAGAUUUCGAAGUUAUCCUCUUGGAGUUACCACCGGAAGAAAGAACAGAAUCCAUAAUGCGAGAGGCUUUUUUAUGGGGUCAAGUGGCAGGGCCAAUAUUAGGGGGUUGUUUGGUAUGGGGUAGAUCAGGUCCUUCUAUGGUAUUUUCUCGAGCAGUACUUAGUGCUUGUUUGGCAUCUUUAUUGGUACCAGCUGCUUGGAGAGGACCAUCACACGUUGCAUUACGUCUCUUUCAAGGACUUUGUACUGGUGCAACCAUGCCAGCUGCUCACAUGCUCGCAAUGACCUGGUUCAAAAGCAACACUCGAAGUUCAUAUUUCAGCUGUUACGCUGCUGUCAGCGUUGGAUAUUGUUUAACUGGUUGGUUAGGCACAGCAGUGGUUCGAACAUUCGGACGAGAUUCCCUUUGCUAUGGUUUGGUACUUCUAGCUCUUUGCUGGUAUUUCGCUUUUGGUAGAUUCGUCAAAGACACACCAAAAUCUUAUCAACAUGAUACAAAUGCAGCUGUAAUUCCUUGGGGAAAAUUAUUAAGAUCUGUACCAGUUUGGGCAUCAGCUGUUGCAACUAUGGGGAAUCAAUGGGGCGAUGCUACUCUUGCACUUGGAAUGACGAAAUAUUUGAAACUUAUUUAUGGAUUUUCGACAGCUAACGAUUCCGUGUUGACUACUUUACCUCACAUCGGACACUUCAUGGCUGCAUUAACAUGUGGUCUUUUAGUAGAUCAUGUACGAGAGUCUAGAAUUGUUUCAACAACUACUGCAAGAAAAUUGGUCGUCUAUACAGCACACUUCAUACCAGCUGCGUUACUAUUCGUAGCAGGAUACGCGGGUUGUCAAGCAUUAGGUGCAGCCUGGUUAGGUAUUGCAGCACUUUUGGUAUCUGGGACAGCACCAGCUGGGGCUCUUGCUGCCAUUGCUGAUUUGGCACCAGCUGAAUCCCCAGCUUGUGCUGCUGCAGCAUGUGCUCUUUGUUCGACUUUAGGUGCAGCAGGUUUAUUGGCUGCUAAUUAUUUCGUCACCCAAGCACUUCAUGGUUCGAUCGCUGGAUCAUGGCGACUCGUUUUUGGUGUAGCUUCAGUAGUUUUACUUUCAACAGCAGCUGUAUUUUUAGCGUUAGGUAAAGGAGUACCACAACCAUGGAUACCAUCGGUAGCUCGUCCACGUAGUCACGACGUUAUUUAUGAACAAGAUCCUCUCGAAUUAGAUUACGAAGAUGUAGCUGUACAAACCGAACCCUUCAGUCAUUAUUCUUACGACGAUGACAUCGAAAGUCUUAAAAACGUACCGCGCAGUUCCUCAAUUCAUUCGAAAAUCUCUGUUGCGUCUAUUAAUCAAGUAUCAUAAAAAAAAAAAGUUCUCACGAGAACAAUCUCGUCGUCGUGAUUUCACAUUACUCAUGCGGUAUUACUUUUACCAUAAGUUCGAGAAUUGUACAUAUUAUACAACAAUGAACUAAUUAAGUACCUAAAUGAAAUCUUGUUGGUACACUCUCUCACUAUAUAUGAUUUUUAUUAUUAUUAUUAUUAUUAUUAAUAUUAUUCCUAUUUCGUAUAAAUUUAAAUGUUCGUGUAUAUAAUUGUGUAUUAAACUAAACGGCAAUGUUGUCGUUAUUGUUGUUGAUUUAUUUUCUACAA